GAGCUCUCAGUCAGUAUCUCUAUUCUCUAAUGAACCUAGACACAAAAACAAUGUCAAGUGAACAAGAAGAAGAAGAUUUCAGUUUCACUGAAAUUAAACUCCCAACAUACCAGAAACUCAUCAAUGGUACUGCAAAUAAUCACUUCCCAUCAAUCAUCACAUCAAAGAAAACAUUGAAUUUAUCUGAUUUCAUUAACACCAUCCAACAGCAAAAACCAUGGUUAGAAUCACUUGUACACAUAAAUGGAGCUCUUUUAUUAAGAGGGUUCCCUGUAUAUACAGCUUCUGAUUUUAAUCAAGUUGUUGAAGCUUUUGGGUAUGAUGAAUUACCUUAUGUUGGUGGUGCUGCUCCUAGAACUAAUAUUGUUGGGAGGGUUUUUACUGCUAAUGAGUCUCCCCCUGAUCAGAAAAUCCCUUUCCAUCAUGAAAUGGCUCAGGUUCCUGAGUACCCAUCAAAACUGUUUUUUUAUUGUGAGGAAGAGCCUGGAAAUGGGGGAGAAACUCCAAUAGUUCUGAGUCAUCUCAUCUAUGAGAAAAUGAAAGUGAGAUUCCCGGAGUUUGUGGAGAAACUAGACAGAGAUGGUUUGAUAUAUACAAGGAUAUUGGGGGCUGAAGAUGAUCCUUCAUCGCCUAUCGGACGCGGGUGGCAGUCUACGUUCUUAACUAAAGAUAAAAGCAUAGCUGAAGAAAGGGCUGCUCGCUUGGGUAUGAAGUUGGAGUGGACGGAGGAUGGUGUGAAAUCGAUCAUGGGUCCGAUCCCAGCUAUUAAAUAUGACAAAACAAGGGGCCGCAAGAUUUGGUUUAAUAGUAUGGUUGCUGCGUAUACAGGUUGGAAGGAUGGCCGCAAUGAUCCCGUGAAGGCAGUCACAUUUGGGGAUGGUACCCCUUUGCCAUCUGAUGUCAUACAUGAGUGUCUUAAACUCCUAGAGGAGGAAUGUGUUUCCAUACCCUGGCAGAAGGGCGACGUUUUACUUAUUGAUAACUUGGCUGUUCUCCAUUCUCGAAGACCAUUCAACCCUCCGCGCCGCAUACUAGCAUCACUGUGCAAGUAAUAUAGGUACAUAUUCUCUUCCUUGUCUUAUUUCAAGUAUAUUUAUCAAGGAUCAUUGCGCCAAGAGGACUUGAAACCCACCAACCUUAGCAGGAUGUUUUUCCCUAGUUUACUUGUUCAAAAGUGUGCUUGACAUCUCCUUAAUAUAUUAUUGUAAUAAUGGGCCUCUAUUUGCCCCAUAUGAUUCCAGCAUUAUUUCAGAUUUUGAAAUGUAUAUACUGUAAUGACACAAUAAGGGAGUUACAUCCAUUCGGUCAAACAUUGUUUUCUUCA